CGUUUCUUUCCCAAUAACCUCUUCGAUUCCAACAUGGGCCAAACUGCUGGCAAAAAACGCCAACGCCAAACGCUGCAACAACCGCAGAAACAACAACAACAACUAAAGCCACUUCCACAGGGAAACUCACAUAUAACCGAUUUCUUCAACAAAAAACCGGACACGAAGAAAUCGCCAAACAUUGAAAACGAAGUUUCAAUUGCCCAAUUCAAAAAAGAUGUGCGUACCCCACGGCGCGGAUUAGGAGAAAAAGUUGAUGAAAGCCUCAAGACUGUAACAAAAGCGCGCCGCCCAUUACAACAAAUCGGAGGUCUACUGACUACGACCAGCUUGAACACGGGGUUGAAAAGGGCACCUGAACCUCGCGACCGAUGGAUCGUAUAUAGCGAUCCACCAGAAAAAGAAGAGAAGGAGAACAGCGACCACGAAAACAAAAAUUUAAAUGACAAUAACGACUAUGACCAGAACGAUAACAUCCAAGAGAAAAAUGAGGGGCAAAAAGGGGAACAGGAGGCACCGUCAGUAUUACCAGUACCACAGCAAUUAGGAGAAAAACCCCAAGAACAAGAGCGAAACGCGCCCCCAGCACAAGAAUUUGACAGCGAUGGCCGGCGGUGCGCAGCACUAUCAUCACGGCUACCGACAUUCGCUUUAUCUGACGAUGAAUGCUCAGCCAAUGAAGAAGAUGAACUGUAUAAAGACUUUUUCAACGAUGAUGAUGAUGAUGACGAUAUGCUAAUUACCAAAACCCGACGGCCAAAACGGUUCGGUGCAUCAAAAAGCACAACAGCCUUAUCACGAUCACAGCAUCAACAAUCACAACACGAAAAAGACGAAACAGAAGACGACGAACUGGUGCCACAGUUCAGUAUACCCGCGCCAUCCCCUGUAUUUGACGAACCUUUGGCCUCUUUCCCUAUCGAUCCAAAUCAUGGAGAAGAAGAAGACGAUAACGACGAUAACGAAGUUAACGAUAACGACAAUGGUCAUGACCGGAAUGACAACGACAACGACGACUUUUUCCCCGCUUCCGCCUCUUUCCCGCCUCUUUUUACCACCACGCUUCCUAACGACUCACAGCAAGAGACCGAGGAUAGCAGUGCGCCAUCCCUGGACAAGUGCGACUCCAAACUUCAAUUGGACGAUAAGAAGCAGGAGAUAAAGCGGACAUUGUCAGACAAAACGGAUGACGGCUCUGCACAUGGCAAAAACAACACAUCGCUCACACCAACAGUGCCAGUUGAAGUCGACGAACAGUUUGAAGCACAUGUUGCGUACCCAGUGCCACGGGGCACUACUUUGCUCGAAAAGAUGGGGAUCAAAAAGACUACCAAUGUCAAUGAACAGUAGCCAAGCCAAAGCCUUAUCUCACACGCAACUCGUAUUUUCACUCGCUCACUCACCCUUAUGUCUUUACCGCAAUCCAUUAUCAAACGUUUCUAUUUUUUCCUUUCGCUUUCCUCACCUUUACUCUUCUACAUACAUACGCACACAACAACUUCUGUCUUUCUCUUUCCAAACAGAACACAAUUUGGUUUCUUUCACAACCUGUAUAUAUUAAAAUAGCUUAUUAAGUGCUUUG